AUGGUCAUGGCCAUGAGCCUUUGGCAAUGGACCCAGUGGCUUUCACUAUGGGGCAGCGCCAGCAGCAGCCCCAUAUCCCCAUCCAAGACUCCUGCUAUUGGCCAGAGGCUCUGGUUGUGGGAAUGGCACCCUGACCCUGCUCCCUAUGUUCCCACAGGCAAGAUGUGGGUUGCAGAGGGGCCAGCCCCAUCCCAGUGGCAACUGCGGGAUGGGACCCACGCCGGACAGUUCCUGGCUGUCGCCAAUGACCUCCGCACCGCAGGACAGCUGGUGGACGUGGCUGUGGGUCCAGAGGGCGAUGUGGCCCAUGCCGUGGUCCUAGCAUCCAUCAGCUCCUUCUUCCUACGCUUUCUGGAGGGCAGGACCAGAGAGCUGAGCCAGGGACCCCCUUCCCACGUCACCCUUCCACCCGGUGUCACACUAUGGGGCUGGCGAGCCAUGCUGGCCUUUGCCUAUGAGGGAACCAUGCCCCGUGGCAGAGAGAGGGAGGUGGAGGAGGCUGCAAGGGCUCUGGGGGCCCCCCGGGUGGUGGCUGCCUGUGCCUCCCGGCUGGAGAAUGACCGCCAGGAGGGGGGUCCUGAGGCCCUGGAGGAGCAGUGGGAGACUCUCAGAGCCAUGGAGAAGCUCCAUGCCUGCGGCUUGGGUUGUGACCUCCAGCUGCAGGCUGGGGAUGAGGUUAUCCCAGUUCAGCGCCUGGCCCUGAGCUGCUCCUGUGACUUCUUCCGGGCCCUCUUCACUUGCCCCAUGCGGGAGGCAACCCAUGACCCUGCUGCCCCACUGGCCACGGGACUGUCCCCAGAGGAGCUGCGCCUCCUCCUCUCCUUCGCCUACACAGGAGCUGUGGCCGGACCAUGGCCUGUAGUCUUGGAGGCAGCCGAGACCUCCCUGCGCUACCAGGCCUGGGGGCUCCUCACCCUCUGCCUGGAUGUUUUCACCCAUGGCCUGACCCCAGAAACUGGUCUGGACGUGCUGGCCUUUGCUGUGGCCUAUGGGCUGGCCCAGGUGAGCCGCAUAGCAGAGGACUACAUCUUGGCCACCUUUCCCACUGUGGUGGCCACACCAGCCUUCCUGGAUCUUCCUGCACACCUCCUGAUCCGCCUCCUCCGCUCUGAUGGUCUCAAUGUCCUCCAUGAACUGGAGGCUUUGGAAGCAGCAUCCCGAUGGCUCGUGGCCAAUGGAGAUGGCCAAGAGGAUCUAGCCAAGGAAGUCUUGUCAUGUGUUCGCUUUGCCCUCAUGUCUGGUCAGGAGCUGAAGAAGGUCCAGUCAGUGGCUGCAGGGGCAGCUGACCCAGGGCUCCUCCGCCAGCUCAUGAUAGCAAGUUUGGACCCCGUGGCCCAGCUGCCGUGCCGGGUGCGUUCCUUGCAAGAGGUGCUGGUGGUCUGUGGUGGAGACAAACUGACAACCAACAUGGCUGCCCGGAAGCCCAGCAGGCAGCUCUGGUUUGCCCACCGCUACCUCAGUGCUGUGGGGCUGGUGAAGCGUGUGGAGUGGAGGGCGCUGGGGCACUUUCCUGACGGUCCACGCUUCCGCCAUGCUGUAGCUGUGGUAGGCAACAUCCUCUACGUCCUGGGUGGAAAGCGCUACUAUGGGGUCCAUGACACCCUGGCCAGUGUUUACAGGUAUCGGCCCAUGGACGACUCCUGGGAGUGCCUGGCAAGCAUGACCUGCGGGCGGAGCUACUUCGCUGCUGUGGCACUUGGGGGCUUCAUCUAUGCCCUGGGGGGCAGCUCAGGUGACCUCUACUGCACAGACACCGUGGAGUGCUAUGACCUGUCCGCUGACACCUGGAGGACGUGCCAGCCCCUGCCGACGGCUCUGUGUGGGCAUGCGGCAUGUGCCCUGGAUGGUGCCCUCUACGUUUCAGGGGGCUGUGAUGAGGCGUACCAGUGCCAGACGGCCCUUCUGCGCUACGUCCCGGGUGCACCUGCCAUGUUCCUGGCCCCCAUGAAUGGCCAGCGAGCUGGCCACGUCAUGGAGGAGGCAGGCGGGCAGCUCUAUGUGGCGGGGGGACUUUGCCAGCGGGAUGGGCAGAGUGGCUACAAGGACCAGCUGGCCUUUGAGGUCUACAGCCCCAAGCUAAAUAUCUGGGUCCUGCUCAGCCCCCUGCCCCAAGCCCAUGUAGUGGGGGGUGCGGCUGUGCUGGGAGGGGAGCUGCUCGUACUAGGUGGGUACAGUCAUGAAACCUACCGGGAUACUCAUUUGAUCCAUGCCUACCAGCCAGGCACUCGGCGCUGGAUCACCCGGGGCACCUUGCCCCAUGCCUAUACUGACCUCCAGGUGUGUGUCCUCACUGUGCCCUCAGCCUUACGUGGCCCCAGCUGCCUUGAGGUUUCCUCUAGAUCAUCUGACACCCACCGUAACACUUAG